AUGCCCUUGGAUCACAUACGAAGUCUGAUAAACAUGUCAAGGAAGGAGCUGGCACCUCCAGGGGCCCUGGGCAUUCAUGCUCCAGAACCAGCUCCUGAGCCCGUUCACCUGAGUGCCAGGUGGAAAUCUGCAUCCUUUGUGAGGUCCCCUCAUGAAAGCUUGGGGGAGUUAUUUUUUGAUCUUGUUGUUCAAACCAAGCCCAACAUAGCGGAAGCUGAGCAUGAGUGGAAGGUUUAUGCUGCAGCAGCUACAACACAGGUUGAAAUCCUGGACCUUCCUGCAGAGGGUUUGCGUCUCCAAGCUAAUGCUAUGGAUGAACUUACUGCAGUGAAUGUAAAGCAAGGCUUCAGUAAUCAACCUGCCUUCUCUGGAGAUGAGCAUGGAUCUGCUAGAAAUAUUGUCAUUAAUGCCUCAAAGAUUGGCGCUUACUUUAGCAGCAUAUUAGCGGAAAAGCUAAAACUUAACACUUUCCAGGACACAGGAAAGAAGAAACCACAAGUAAAUGCCAAAGACAACUACUGGCUGGUUACUGCUCGGUCUCAGAGUGCAAUUCACAACUGGUUCACAGAUUUAGCAGGAAGUAAACCACUGACUCUUUUAGCAAAAAAGGUUCCUAUUCUCAGUAAAAAAGAAGAUGUUUUUGCUUACUUAGCAAAAUAUUCUGUGCCACUGCUGCGAGCGGCAUGGCUGAUCAAAAUGACAUGUGCCUACUACGCUGCUAUUUCUGAAGCUAAAAUCAAGAAACGCCAGGCCACUGACCCAAAUAUUGAAUGGACUCAAAUUAUAACCAGAUACCUUCGAGAGCAGCUGGCAAAGGUUGCGGAGUUUUAUCAUGUGACUUCCAGUCAAGGCAACAGCUCUGUAGGGAUGCCUCAAGAGAUGGAACAAGCCCUGAAGCAGUGGGACUAUAAUGAAAAAUUGUCAUUUUAUAUGUUUCAGGAAGGAAUGCUUGAGAGGCACGAGUAUUUAACAUGGAUACUGGAUGUUUUGGAAAAAAUCAGACCCACUGAUGAUGAUCUUCUUAAGCUGUUGUUGCCGCUAAUGUUGCAGUAUUCGGAAGAAUUUGUUCAGUCAGCUUAUCUAUCCCGUCGCCUUGCUUAUUUUUGUGCCAGACGCCUAUCUUUAUUGCUAAGUGAUGGUCCUAACCUUGUAGCUGCACACUCUCCUCAUAUGAUUAUUGGAGCGAGUAACCCUCCUCUAGCAGCCCCAAGUCCGACUGCCCCUGGUCCCGUGGUGAGCCCCGUACAGCUGGCUUGCUCAGAUUUCCUCUCCUGCCCUCAACACCGUCCACUGGUGUAUGGACUUAGUUGUAUGCUGCAGACUGUAACUCUUUGUUGCCCAAGUGCCUUGGUGUGGAAUUAUUCCACAAAUGAAAAUAAGAACGUUAAUCCAGGCUCACCUCUGGAUUUACUUCAAGUUGCUCCAUCUAGUUUACCUAUGCCAGGUGGAAAUUCAGCAUUUAAUCAGCAGGUUCGGGCAAAGAUUUAUGAAGUAGAACAGCAGAUAAAACAAAGAGGUCGUGCUGUGGAGGUGCGGUGGUCUUUUGACAAGUGCCAAGAAUCAACUGCAGGGGUGACCAUCAGCCGAGUUUUGCACACCUUAGAAGUGUUGGAUCGGCAUUGUUUUGACAGAUCAGAUUCCAGCAAUUCAAUGGAGACACUUUAUCAUAAGAUUUUCUGGGCAAAUCAGAAUAAAGAUAACCAAGAGGUAGCCCCAAAUGACGAAGCUGUGGUAACGCUGCUUUGUGAAUGGGCUGUCAGCUGUAAAAGGUCUGGUAAGCACAGGGCCAUGGCUGUAGCCAAACUCCUGGAGAAGAGGCAAGCAGAAAUUGAAGCAGAAAGAUGUGGUGAAUCUGAAGUCCUAGAUGAAAAGGAAUCUCUGUCUUCAGCCUCCUUGACAGGUUCCAGUCUUCCUGUUUUUCAGAAUGUCCUGCUAAGGUUUUUAGAUACACAAGCUCCCUCAUUAUCUGACCCAAAUAGUGACCAUGAGAAGACAGAGUUUGUGAAUUUGGUGCUGCUUUUUUCUGAAUUCACUCGCCAUGAUGUUUUCUCCCAUGAUGCGUACAUGUGCACUUUAAUAUCACGCGGAGAUUUGUCAAUCACUGCAACUACUAGACCACGUUCACCUAAUGGGGAAACUGUGGAUGAACACUAUUCUAAGGAUCACGAUGUGAAACUGGAGGAUCAUAGUAUUAUGGAACAUAUGGGCAUUGACUCAGGAACCGCUAGUAUUUUUGAUGAUGUAGACAAGAGUGACUUUAAGGCAGAUUUUGGUUCGGAAUUUCCAAUUUUUUCUCCGAUGCCUGGGGAGUCUUGUGAGAAUGUGAACCCUUCUUUAGACAGAAGAAUUUCAGUUACCAGCGAGAAGUCAGUCAAGAGGGAAAGACUGAGAGAACUGAUUUUUCCAUCCAAUUAUGACCUCCUUCGCCAUUUGCAAUACGCAACACAUUUCCCUAUACCUCUGGAUGAAUCUUCAAGUCAUGAGUGUAACCAGCGAAUGAUUCUCCUUUAUGGCGUUGGUAAGGAGCGUGAUGAAGCAAGGCAUCAGCUGAAGAAGAUUACCAAAGACAUCCUCAAAAUUCUGAAUAAGAAGAGUACUACUGAAAUGGGUGUUGGGGAUGAAGGGCAAAAAGCCAGGAAGACCAAACAAGAAGCAUUUCCAACCCUAGAGACCGUGUUCACAAAACUACAGCAACUGUCCUAUUUUGAUCAACAUCAGGUGACAUCUCAG